UUCACGUUCAUUUACGAAUUGCGAUGACAUGCCUGGAUACGCCCGAUUUUCACAGUUUAUAAUUAUUGAUACAUAACCUCAAACCGCACGCGCGAGAUAAUACAACCCAACGCACAUUGCAAACGGUUUUGCGUCAGUUAUUUGCAUGAGAAUUGUCCGGAAUCGGAGAUAAAUGAUUUUCGGAGACCUGUGACCGACUGUUAGUGUGUCAAUAGGCCUGGUGACAAGGUCAUGGCCACUAAGGUCAAUAGACUCGCUAUUUUUGAAAAAAAAAAAAUUCCGUACAUAUUUUAACCAAACAGCCAAUCGAAUACCCUACAAUAAUCGCCGAAACGUCUAAACACAGAGCGGUGUCGCCCGAUUCAACGUGAACGAGGAUGCCACUUGGAGAAAGUUCGGCGUUGUAUUCAAGAAUUCCACCUGUACUGUCCGUUUACGUAUGGCCUGAGAAAAAUCUCCUGUGCGCGUCCCAACUAAAAUGGCAGUGAAUAUUAACGAAAACCAUAAAUUCCUGUUUGUGUGUAAAAAUUUAUUAUGUGGAGGUAUCGCUGGUAUGGUAUCGAAAACGGCGGUGGCACCGCUGGACAGAGUCAAGAUACUCCUUCAAGCCCACAACAGACACCACGAGUCGCACGGAGUCUUCACGGGAAUACGACAUAUCAUCACGAACGAAUCGCCACGUGCUCUUUACAAAGGUAACGGCGCCCAAAUGGUGAGGAUAUUCCCGUAUGCGGCCACACAAUUCACCUCGUUCGAGAUCUACAAAAGGUACCUGAGCAGCGUCUUCGGCAAUGGAUCACACAUCGACAAAUUCCUGGCCGGAGCGGCUGCAGGAUUGACCGCCGUCACCCUCACAUAUCCCCUAGACACCAUAAGAGCUCGUCUCGCUUUUCAGAUAAGUGGAGAACACGUUUACACGGGGAUCGCCCACGCGGCCGUCACAAUAUUCAAAGAGGAAGGCGGAACGCGAGCUCUCUACAGAGGCUUUGUGCCAACGCUGAUGGGCAUGGUACCAUAUGCCGGCCUCUCCUUCUACUGCUUCGAGUACUUGAAGUACGGCUGUAUGAAAUACGUGCCCGACUUCACCUGCAACCCUUGCAAGAAGAACACGGGCGGUCUGGUGCUGUCGCUGCCGGCGAAGCUGAUAUGCGGCGGUCUGGCGGGCGCGGUCGCCCAAAGUGUGAGCUACCCGUUGGACGUGACGAGGAGAAGGAUGCAGCUGGCGAUGAUGAAUCCCGAAACGUCACAUUUCGCUAACGGAAUGUUCAGCACGUUGAGGCACAUUUACGUGGAGCACGGCAUAAUUAAGGGGUUGUACAGGGGCAUGUCGAUUAACUACAUGAGGGCAAUACCGAUGGUGGCGGUCUCGUUUUCGACCUACGAAUUGUGCAAGCAAAUUAUGGACCUAGACACAGGUUUGAAGAUUUAGGAACUAUUUUUACAUUCCCCGGGAUUUAGUUAGACAAAUUUUUAACUCCGGUUAACCAAAGCGUUAAUAUUCAAAUUAUUUAAAUUAUUUUAUUAGGUUUAAGCAUAAUGUAUAUUGAUUUGAUUUUGUUUUUCUAUUUUUUAGAAUAAGAAAAUACUAAUUGUUUUAGAGUGUAUUUGGUUUGUUGAAGUUAUGAAUUCGCGUGGGCAGUUUUAAACCUAAAUUUUAUGUGCAUUAUGUUAUUUAAUAUUGUAUUUUAUUAAUAAAACUCUUUAUUUUUA